CGCCAGAGCGCCAGGAGGCACAUCCUAUCCGGGCCGGACCUUGGGGAGGCUGGUCUCUUGGGACAUGGCCCCGGGGACUCCCGCGUUGCUGCUGCUGCUACUGCCGCCGCUGCUGCUCUCGUUUCCACCCCGCGCCGCCACCUGCCCGGCAGCCUGUCGCUGCUACAGCGCCACGGUGGAGUGCGGCGCCUUGCGGCUGCACGUCGUACCGCCGGGAAUCCCGCCCGGGACGCAGACGCUGUUCCUGCAGGACAACAACAUCUCCCGCCUGGAGCCUGGCGCCCUGGCUCCGCUUGCCGCUCUGCGUCGUCUCUACCUGCACAACAACAGCUUGCGCGCCCUGGAGUCCGGCGCUUUCCGCGCGCAGCCGCGCCUGCUCGAGCUGGCGCUCACCGGAAACCGGCUGCGCGGCUUGCGUGGCGGAGCCUUCGCGGGCCUGGCCCAGCUGCGCGUACUCUACCUGGCAGGCAACCAGCUGGCGCGGCUGCUGGAUUUCACGUUCUUGCACCUACCGCGACUGCAGGAGCUGCACCUGCAAGAAAACAACAUUGAGCUGCUGGAGGACCAGGCUCUGGCCGGGCUGUCCUCUCUGGCACUGCUGGACCUCAGCAGGAACCAGCUGGGCACCAUCAGCCAAGAGGCCUUGCAGCCCCUGGCCAGCCUGCAAGUCCUGCGCCUCACAGAGAACCCAUGGCGCUGUGACUGCGCCCUGCACUGGCUGGGCACAUGGAUCAAGCAGGGUGGCCAGAGGCUGCUCAGCUCCAGGGACAAGAAGAUCAUGUGUGCAGAGCCCCCCCGCCUGGCACUUCAGAGUCUCCUGGACAUAGCCCGCAGUAGCCUCAUCUGCAUUCCGCCUUCUGUACACGUGCAGCCGCUGGAGCUCACAGCGAACCUGGGUGAGGACCUGAGGGUUGCCUGUCAGGCCUCCGGUUACCCGCAGCCCCUGGUGACCUGGAGAAAGGUGUCCCAGCCUCGGGAGGGCUGGCCACAGGACCAGGCCCGGCUAAAAGGCGCUGCACCUGGCAUGGGCGGGCACGCAGCCUCCGACAUGGGCAGCGGCAUGCUCUUCCUCACCAACAUCACGCUGGCGCACGCUGGCAAGUACGAGUGCGAGGCUUCCAACGCCGGGGGCGCCGCCCGCGUGCCCUUCCGACUUUUGGUCAAUGCGUCCCGGCAGCAGCCGCAGCAGCCGGCGCCCCCGCCGGCCCCCGCCGCCCGCGAGCCUAGGAACGAGGCGGGUAGCAUGGCCUUCCGCGCCCUGGGCUUGGCCACGCAGACGGCCGUCGCGGCGGCCAUCGCACUGCUGGCGCUCACGGCGCUGCUACUGGCCGCCAUGAUCUGCCGCCGGCGCCGCAGGCGGAAAAAGGCGCGGGGACCUCCGGCUGAGGGCGCGCUGUUCGUCAACGACUACUCGGACGGGCCCUGCACCUUCGCGCAGCUCGAGGAGCUCCGCGACGAGCGCGGCCACGAGAUGUUUGUCAUCGACCGCUCCAAGCCGCUCUUCGCUGAGGGGCCGGCGGAGGCACCCGUGGAUCGCGGUCCAGGAGAGGGGGCGGCGCCCGGGCUCCGCGUCCCGCCGCCUGUCGCCUACGAGAUCCGCGGCUGAAGCCGGGCGCGCGCCGAUGACGCGGGCGCCGGGGAUUGGCCGGCACGGCUCGCGCAUACUCCGUCAGUAAAAGUGGAAGCCGC